UUGUGUGCCAAACACCUUAAUUGGCUGUCCCAUAAAACUACGGAAAGAUUGUGAAUGUUCAGUUGAUGUAGUUUGGAUACGAUAGCAGUAUAUCAUUAUCUAGACUGUGGCGAAGACAUCUUGAAAAUGGUUAUACAUCUCUUGGUCAUCGCUAGCUUGGCUGCACCUCUGUCUGUGGUGGCACAGAAGUGUCCACUCUCUAUACAGUAUGGCCGUUACAACGAAAUGUACACGCUGGUCGACGGUCGCGAGGAGCUGGCAGUAGACCUAAUACGUUCUGUAGCCUCUCAGUAUCCGACCCAGAACGUAUUACUCUCACCUGACAGCAUUUUCUGGGCCUUCCAGCUAUUAUUUUUUGCAUCCUCUGGCUAUUCUGAGGAGAUAUUAAGAAAAUUUCUUCAUAUACCUCAUAACCUGACUAAAAAUGAUGUAGUUGGAUUCUACGAUUUAAAAGGAGAUCACUAUCCGUGGAAUCAACAUCCAAUAAAUGCCUACGAACUCGACAGUGUCAAUAAAAUGUACAUACAGCAGGGCUUUGGCAUAAGAGAUUGCGUAAAACAUAUCUUUUCAACUGAAUACUCUACAGCAGACUUUAAAAAUGAGUUGGAGUAUACGCGUAAAAAUAUAAAUAAAUGGAUAGAAAUGCAAACCAGAAACAUGAUUGUGGAUUGUAUACCAGAGGGAUUUCUAGAUAAGUCCACAUCGCUACUAUUGGUGAACGCCGUGUACUUCAAAGGAUUAUGGAAGUCAAGAUUCAAUAAAGAUAAGACUUCCCAUGAAGAUUUUUACAUGGCUGAUGGAUCUACAAGACAAGCUGAAAUGAUGAAACAGAGGAGUAUUUUCAGAGCCGUAUUUUCUAGCAGUUAUGGAAUACAUGGUCUGGAGCUUCCGUAUAAGGGGGAUGAUAUCAGCAUGUUCAUAAUUUUGCCUGAACAAUCUCAUGCAACAGCGGUACAAGAUUUACUGAGAUCAUUAACUUUUGAACGUCAAGAGAAGAUUCUAAGUGAGAUCUUAGAAAGUCCUAUGAAAGAAAUGGAUGUUAUAAUUCCUAAGUUUAAAACUGAGAAUAAAUAUGAUCUCGUACCGGUAUUAAAGGAUUUUGGAGCAGAUGAAUUACUUGAGUUUGUCGACCUCAGUGACCUUGUUGAAAAGUUUAAUGAGUUUAAAUUGGAUAAGGCCAUCCACACCGCCAAAAUUGUUGUAGAUGAGCAAGGCACGGAAGCGGUGGCCGUUACAAAACUCAUGUCAGUCAGUGUUAAAAUGUUCUCAGAGAGGAGGGGAAACAUAUCCAGUAUUUCGAGCAAAUAGGCCCUUUUUGUAUUUUAUUUUUAAUAUUCAUACAAGAACGACCUUAUUUUAUGGUGUGUUUAACUCUCCAUAAAUACGCAUAGGCCGCAUUUCAAAUUUAGAUGCAUAUUUACAAAUCUAAAGUUACGUUUCUAGACGUAGAUGUUUUUUCUUAAAUCUGGAUUUCUCUAAAAUAAAUUAAAAAUUACAGAGACUCA